AUGGGGAAGAAAGUCCUUCAAGCCGGUAACAUGGUGGCCAUCUUCGCGGUUCUUGGCUACGUCGUGUGCCUCUUCUUGCCGCUCCACAAGGCCUACUUUCAAAGUCUUGCUGGCUUCUUGCGCGUUGUGGAUGUAACGACGUACUCCAUGACCGUGUACUACGACUGGCAUAGCAGACUUGCUUGCUGGUUCGUUCGCAAGAUACGAGGAGGCGCCAACGACAUGUGCGAAGAUGAGGGGUCCACCUCUGUCUGGUUGCAGGACACACAGGCAUCGUUGUGUGCAGAGGGGGUCGAGGCAAUCCUUACGAGCGCUUGCUCCGGGUACGGGACGGCCUACGUCAUCGGCAUCUGCAUGUUUCUAGUCGUGCUCUUGAAUGUCAUUGCUCAGGGUAUCACCUUCUGGCUGAUCCAGCAGUACAUGGAGAAGCCGAAGAAGCAGUAUCGCGAAGUGGCCUUCUUCCUGGACCUUAUCGGAACCAUCCUGAUGCUCAUCGUGGUGUUGAUAUACCUCUUAGCGAUCCAGAGACUCAGCAGUAUCAGUGCCUUGGGCUUUGAGAUUGCGCUUGGCCCAUCCAACGGCAUCGGUGCAUCGUACGGGUACUUCUUCCUCUACUUCUUCAUCAUGAUACAGGGUGUGUCGGUUGUGCUGAUGGCAAGCGGAUCCAACUCCCAGGAGGCUCGUGAGGCUGAGCUCCGCGAGCAGCGGAAGUUCAUGCAGGAGAUGCAGAUGUUUGACCAGGCCACCGAGAUGGUGAACACGAACUUUGCACCACAGGGCGUGAUGGCGCCGCCAUCCAACUGGCAGUCGCCCCCAUCACACUGGGGCAACCAGCAGCCAAUGCAGCCAGCGUACGGCGGGGCACCGCCCAUGCCGACCAUGACGCAGCCCUAUGGUGGCCAUCCUCACAUGGGCGGGCCACCGCAGAUGGGAGGUGCGGGUCCCUACUUCUGA